CGCUAGUCCCGCGCGUUUGCUUGCUCCAAGCUGUAUAAAUCAAGCUUUUUGAUAAAACUUCAGAACUUUUGAUAUAUGUACAUAUUAUAAAAUACGACGUAGAUCAAAUCUAACUCAAAAUGCAGGUUGAGUCAUUAGGAAAUUUACCGUACUGCAAAGUGCUGUGGUCUGUUAUUUCCAGCACUACAAUUCGGUGUGAUAAAGCUUUAGUGAUAGAAGAAAUAAAUCAUGCUAAUGACUUGUUAAAAGAAGGUCUCUUGUUCUUUAAGAAUUUCACUGAAGCUUCCCUUCAGAAAUUUGAGAAAACAAAUCCUCCACCAAGGAUGUUUGAUCUCAUUUCAAAGUUAGCACCAUUUUUGAAUUUGGAUACAUCAAUAGCUUGGGAUUUGACAUGUAAUUACAUGAUGUAUGAAUAUAGAAGUAGUGCUGAAACAUUUGCUUCCCAACUAUCUGAUCUAACCUCCAUAAAUGUGUUGAUUGAAGAGUUAUGGAAUUUUUAUCAUUCUGAGAGAAUCACCAUGAUAAAAUGUUUGAAAUUAAUGAUUGAAUAUCGAGACAAUCAAAAUCAUCCUUACCAAAAAGAGUUUGCAGAUUUUUUUAAAACUACACCUUUAGAAAGUAUUCUUCAAUCAUCUUUGAAACAAAUAGAUCGUUUAAAAUUCAACAAUAUCUCUAAUAGGUCGCAUCUUCUCACUGAGGAACAUCUGUACAAACUCUACUUCAGUACCCUAAUAGAAAUGCGUGAAUUAUUACACAUAGUUACCAUGAUAUUGGAUACUAUUCGACCAACCAGCUUUGAUGGAGUCUAUGAAAGUAUUUGCGGAGAACCAAGACGAAUUGUGAGCACUAAGAGUCACGAAGAAAAAGAAACAGUUACAAAAAAGCUUGAAGAAAUUCGACAAUGUCAAGCAGCUUGUUUUGUAGUCAUUCUAGAUGUUACCAAACAAAUUGAAAAUGAUUCGGGCACAAAUAAUAUAAGCAGUUGGAUAAAAAAUAUGGGAAACAGCAUUCAUGAUAUAUUAGAACAUAAAUAUUUGAGAGAUACCACUUUAGAAGAUGGACCAUUACUAUUGGCAUGGAUGUUAGCCAAUUAUGCUAUUGAACCAGAUAAUACUGAAAUCUUGAAUCGAUUUCGUCCCUUUGGAAUUCGAGCUAUACAACUCGAAGUUUUCAAAACGCUGAAAAAUUUAAUGGAAAGUGAAAUGAUGAAUGAAACAACUCGAUAUUCACAGGUGGUACGUACUAGUGUAUACAAUCUUUUAUCAUUGUUGUGUACAUUCAUUGAUGAAGAUAGAGUAAGCAGUUUUGAAGGAAUAUUUGAUGCUACUGCAGCAAUUUUACGUUAUCCUGAAACUGCUACUGAAUUUUGGAGAGAUCGCAAAGAGGAAGCAGGAUUAUGGCCUAUAUUUAAUCGAGCAAUUGCAUUAUUUCCCUAUCGUUUUGAACCUCUUACAUGUAUUGCAAUUGGAUUAGCAAAUGCUUCAACUUCAAGUGCUCAAAAAAUAGCAGCUAAAUUAGAAGACCUUGAAUCUGUAACAUUAGAAGGUCCAAGAUACCGUAAUUUUUCCGGAGGUAAUACAUCCGGUCGACAAGCAUUCCGCCCUUACAAUCAAGAAUGUACUCUUCAUCAUAACAACUUCACCAUUCCUGAGAAUUGUGAGCGACUAGUGUUAGAUCAUGAAUCAGGAGAUAAAGAAGUCGUUGUGUGGAGAGUAAAAUCAAGGUAUGGCGAUGCAUUUCAUCAUAAAAUCGAACAGUUAUUUUCUUUUGCUGGCAGUGGAAUAAUGAAUGUAAGUGAUGUUCAAACUAAUUUACCUGAUCAUGUUGCUCAAGGCUAUGGUUUAUUAGAAGCUCUACUUAAUGCCAACGUAGAGAUUCCUGCUGGAAUGGUGAUUCCAACUGAAUUAAGUUUAGAAGUAAUCAACAGAUUUUCGUACCCAGUUUUACCAAAAGGUUUAUAUCGAGUUGUAGCGGCUUGCUUCAGUGUAACUUCAAAAUUAGCAUUAAAAUAUCCUGAUGAGAUUUUAACACGAAUGCGAGUUGGUAUUUAUCCAAAAUUUAAUGAUUGGUAUCAAGAUACUAAAGAACUCGCGAGAGCUAUUUCCUUCGAUGGAGGCUUGGUAGCUUCUUGGUUAUCUGGUGUAGAAACAAUUGAGCAUCGAUAUCCAGUUUUAAGUGCUUACUUAUACACUUUAUAUAAUUAUCUAGUAUCAAAGCAUACUGAAGAAGCGAUGUAUAAUAUGGAAAUUCCAGGAAUGGUGUUUCUUCUUCAAGGUGUCUUACCAAAAUUGGACUCAUGGUAUUUUUCAUCAGAGACUGAACGAAUUGAACUAUGGCUUAGAGCUAUGUCUUGCAUUCAUCAUACGCUUGAUACUAAUUUAUCAAAGAGUGAUCCUAGGAAAAAAUUACAGCUCGUUGUUGCUUAUAGUCUUUUAUAUCUAGAACCCAGACAUGCGUUAUUGAAAUUCGUUAGAACUGGAGAAAAAAAUUUAAGGAUGAAAAUGAUGAGUGAAUCUGAUUGGAUUAGUGGAAAAGGAUUUAAAAUAAUAGAGAGUGUUCGAUUAGCACUUUCAUUGGUAAAUAGACUUUUGAUGUUCCGUAAAAGUCUUGGAUUAAGUCAUGACGAAAGAUCACCUCUGGAAAUCGCUCUUUAUACAUCUCCUUCAUUGCCAAAUGGUCUUUUGAUUGUACCAACAAUUGUAAACUACUUAUAUGUUGAGUUUAGUCCAUCUCUACAAGCUAUGGCUGUCAGUUUAUUAAAAAAAUUUGCUCAAGGUUUUUCAAUGUCACUAUUAGUGUGUAUGGGGAUGAAUGGCACAUCAAUACGUCACACUUUUGCUUCACGACUUAUGUCUCCCACUUGCUCAGUCAAAGUUAAAGUUGCUAUAUUGGAAUUGGUUACUGUUUGUUUGGAAAGGCAGCCAGGUCUUACAGAAGCUCUUUUUAAUAUUUUACAUCAAGAAGAGAAAAAACGAAUGUUUCCACCACCACCAGAUCAAUUUUCUACAAAGGGAUGUCAUCAAUUUCUCAAUUUAUAUCUUCAAAGAAUAGCUGAUGAGAAGAAUAUUAUUUAUGACAAACUUUAUGACAAUACUAUGAGUCUAUUACGUGCCAUGUGGUACAAUCGAAAUACAAUUCUAGUGAAUUAUUUCAGAAAACGUGAAAACUUUUGGAGUCAAUUAUUUUCACCAUUAUUUAGACCUUUUGUUAAAGGUUCCAGAGGAUAUGCUUAUUUAAUAGACGUUGCAACACUCGAAUUAUUUGAAUCUUCACCACCUUCAUUACCAGAGAAUGAUUUCACCAAAAAUCUUGAAAAAUUAUUGUACCAAGACAAUUAUUGGGAACUUAUCGUUGAAUAUAUUCUUGACAACAUUCCUCAAGAUAAAUCUUGUGAAAAACCAGACGAUGACACUCCAAUUGAAUCUCCUUUAUAUGAAGCAAAUAUUGAAGCUUGGUAUCAUUUUAUUGUUACUUUAACCGACAAAAAAAUAGCCAAUAAAUUAAUGUCAAAGAUGGAAGCUUCUAAAAUUCAAUUUAUGACUCGAAUUACUUUAAAAUCAUUAUCAGUAAAAAUGAAACAGACUAAUAAUAUUGGAGAUGCAAGAAUUACAAUGUUAUUGGCUUCAUUAGCGUUGAGAUGUGUAUUUACCUGGAAACUAAAAUGUGUAGAUGAUCAACAAGACUUCGUAGAUAAAAUAGUACAAUUAAUGGAGGAUCUAUUUCAUUCAUACAAUACCUAUGGUGUAGCUCUUCGAAGAAUUCUGGUAUCUUUACUUCUUGGAUGCGUACAACUAGUAAAAGAUACAAUCAUUGAAGAUAAAGCUAAUUUAGAAUAUCUUUUAGUUCAUUCUUGUUUACUUUCUAAUAUUGAAUUACGUAAACUUCGAGAUGCUCUCAAGAAAACUCGCGAACUUCAAACAACAACUGGAAGUAUUAAGCAUAUAUCUGAAGAAGAAAGUGACAUGAUUGAUAGUAAAUUUUUAUCAGAAUCUAAUAGAGUUGCAUAUGAAUCCACCCCUGUAACAUUGACUAUCAGUAUGGUGACCCAAUUACUUCGAUGCACAGCUGAAAAUCAACAUAAAUCAUCCAAAUUUGGCAGCAGAUCUGCAUGUCUUCACCUACGUCAAAUGAUUCCAGAAUUGAUGAAUUGUCUUAAUAGUUGUCUUCAAAACUACCGUUAUCUUGGAUUUAGUCGUGCUGCUCUUGAAUUUCUUGCAACUGUUGCACGUUUACCAUACUAUAAUCCUCCUCCUGCACCUAUUGAGGAUCCAGAAGCCAUUGCUAAUCUUUGGCUCGCAUUAAUACCACCUGCUAGUCUCGGUCAAAGUAUACUCAACUCUUUAUAUGAUGAUAGAACUACUCAAGGACAAUGGAGCUGUCAGGAUUGGUGGAUAGUUUAUACACUUGGUUUGGAAUUUCUAAAUGGAAUGGCAAUGAAUAGUAUUGGUAUUGGAAAUCAAACUUCUUGUCCACCAACUUAUGUAACAUCUAUAAUUAUUUUUUUGGGAUCACAUGAGCAUCAAUUAACAGAAGUAGCUACAUUAUUAAGGCACACAGCUGAUCUUCUAGCUGUAGAUCUUGUACAAUCACUUGUUGCUUUGAUAUCAACAUUAACUAUGAGAUCAAUUAUUUGGGAAAUGAUUCAACCUGAAGUUCGUGAAGGACUUAUGAAGUGUAUGUAUUUAAUUUAUGACAGUACAGUUAAUCUUUUACUUCGUCCAAGGAUUCUGAAAUUUAUUAUUGAUGGAGUAAGUGUAGAAAGUGCUGAAGAUCUUCAUUGGUGUGAUGAAAAAUUACCAAGCAAUGAAUUAAAACUUCUUGUAAAUAAACUAAUUGUCAUUAACUGGUGGUGUGCUCAAUGUUUUGUACGUUUUUCACCGCGACUUAAUGCAUUGGUUGACACAAUUUAUACACAAAACUUCUGGCACACUCCCUUAGCAGAAAUGAACUUUGGACCUCCACAAAUGUCAAUGAGCUCUGGACCAAGUCUUACUUAUGGCACAAUAAUCAGUUCUACGCAACUUUUUACUCAAGCUCUCAAUUCACAUCUUUCGUCAACUUCAACUAAUACAACUGUCACAGGUGGAACUAAUAUCCCAAAACAAUCUUCAAAAGAUGGUAUGGAUUCUGCAAAGUUUGAAUGGGAACGAGCCACACCCGAAAUCCCUAGAAAAAUUCAUUCUAAAGAUUUACGGCGAUUUUUAAGCCUCACAAGACCUGCAUUUCCUUAUUUUAGUAUCUCAGGAAAUACAUCGAAUGUAGGAUUAUUUGAACAUCCACGACUUCUUCGACGGCCGUAUGAUCCAUUGAUCUGCGAGAACACAAUCCUCUCCAGGACCACGUCGUUUUCUCAUCACGGUGGACGACACGUAUCAAAGAAUGGCAUACAAAGCUCGCAAGGCCAAAGCAGUAAUAUUGGUCAAUCAAUACGUGUUGAUUCAAAUCCAUGGUUUGACUCGAUGAAUGAAAACAACUCAAGACUUGCUUUAGAAGUUAACCUAGUUCUGGUUCUUUGUCAGACAUUAGAAGGUGUGAAGAGCCCAAGACUUGCAUUGAGGGACCGUCAACUUAUUGCUCGAGAAACUGCAAAUGAGAUCGGUAUUUUCUUUGAUUUUCUUGAACAAAAGGCAUCAAAUUUGAAUGAAUGGGAAAUAGAAGGUGCUCUUGUUGGCAUUGAAGUAGAUGGAAGUUUAACAAAAGUAGUUAAGCCACCGAUAAAACAAUGUGUGCUGUCAAUGAAUGCGAGACUUCGAGAUGAAACUACAGUCAAUAAACCUUCUGUUGAUAUAGUUAAAGAACAUGAUCCGGGUGAAGGAACAUCACGACAAUCAGAACGAUUAGAUAUAUGCUUAAAUGAGAAUAUUAUCUCAACAGGAAGCUUUAAUAUUGAUUUUACUAGCGUAAAAUUUCUGUCAUUAUUGGGGAAAUUAUUUAAAUCUACUUUGGAGUCUCUCGAUUCUGCACAAUUUGGAUGACAUUAUUGAAAAAAUAUUAUUAAUUUUUCCAAUCAUUUUUGUACAACUUGUUAAUAAAGGUGUAUAAAGGAUUACUAAAUAAAGGUACUUUUAUAUUACA